AGAUUUAGCGUGAUAAAUCGCUCCUGAAAAAGAAUCGAAUUAAUAUCAUUGCUCUAAACAUCUAAUAAUUCUUCUAACACAACGUAAUCCAAUCGAUAUAGCAUUUAUCAUUCUAUGUCUAUCUUCUUUCGACAAUUGCUUUGUGUCAAGUAUGUACAUCGUUUUGAAUGACGUCGCCGAUGUACUUUGUCUUUGCAGCUCCUUUUUCACCAAGUUACCGUCCAAGAAGGAAAAUUCGACCGAAAGUAAAUCGGAGAGUUCACUGGCUCUACCGGCCCGACGUCUGGAGUACGCGGCUGUGACUCGUAGUCGAUUUCUUGUCAUUUUUAAUGGGAUACAUACAACCAACAGCAACAACUCAUCCAACAAACAGGAGGCCCACCAUGAUGCUCAGGGAAACGGCAAACGAAAGAGAGACAGCAGCAGUGAGCUCGCUAGUUCUCCUCUCUCGAAAAAGCUAGAUACUAAGUCUACAAAGGCCAAGAGAAUUUCCAAAACUCCUUCUCCAGCUGCAAAGCCUCGUGUAAAGUUAGGAGCUACGCCAAAAAGUAAGUCAAAUAAACUUUCACCUGGAGCAUCGAAAAAGACAGAGAAGAAGAAAGAGAAAACUAGUGUAACUGUAAACAAAAAAAGAGAAGAGAAAAAAGAAAAAGAUGAAGCAAAUGAAGCUAAGUCUGUAAAAGAUAACGAAAAGGAAGAGAAAAAUUCGACUGAUUCAAAAGUCAAUUUGGAAAGAAAAUCUGUAAGUAAAACUGUAAAGAAGAAACGAGCCAGAAUAAUUGAGCCAGUAGAGUCGAGCGACGAUGAGGAUCACUUACCUUUGCCUGAAAGUCCUGAAAGAAAAAAUAGUCCAAAAAAGCCAGAGCCUAAUGGCAAAGAAAUAAAAAUCGUAGAAGAGUCUAGCAAAGUCGACAAGAACACUUUGGAUAAUGAAGCAAACAAAAGUGCUUCGGAUAAUGAGGAAAAAAGCAAAAGUCCAAAGAAGGAAUCUAUGCCUGAAAAGAAGCCGCCCAAGAAAGUGCAUAGCUUUUUACUAUCGAAGCAAAAGAGCGAUACAAAGGAUGACAAAAGGAACGGCGGAAAAACUAGAAAAAGUGCUGACCAAUCUUACAAUCCCAGUGCAUCUGGUUAUCAUCCAAUAAACGACGCGUGUUGGAAACGAGGAGAUAAAACUCCAUAUAGCGCAUUCACGCGUACUUUGGAGCUCAUUGAGGAAACUAGUGCGAGACUGAAGAUAAUAGAGAUACUGUCGAAUUACUUCCGAUCUGUCAUAGUUCUGAGCCCAGCGGAUCUGUUGCCGAGCGUGUAUUUGUGCCUUAAUCAACUAGCUCCAGCGUAUGAAGGAAUUGAGCUCGGUGUGGCCGACACAAAUUUGAUGAAGGCGAUAGCACAAUGUACCGGCAGAACGUUGGCACAAAUCAAAGCUGACGUCCAGGAGGUCGGUGAUUUGGGAAUCGUGGCAGAAGGUAGCAGAUCCAAUCAGAGAACCAUGUUCCAACCAGCACCACUGACCGUUCCUAAUGUGUACACAAAAUUGAAGGAGAUCGCACAAAUGACGGGGCAUGCGUCUCUCGCGAAGAAGUUGGAUAAAAUUCAGACGCUGUUUGUAGCGUGUCGUAAUACUGAAGCGAGGUAUCUCAUCAGAUCGUUGGCCGGAAAACUUCGCAUCGGAUUGGCAGAGCAAUCCGUCUUGCAAGCACUGGCUCUAGCUUGUGCGAUGACGCCACCGGAACAAGAAUAUCCAUCAGAAAUUCUAAAUGCAAGCAAAACGAUGUCAAGUGAUCGUUUCAAAGAAAAAUACGAUCAGAUAGCUAUUACAUUAAAGACAACGUAUUGCGAGUGUCCGAAUUACAACCUUAUAAUUCCCGUCUUACUAGAGGCUGGCAUUAAUGCCUUGCCGACCAAAUGCAAACUUACUCCUGGAAUACCUUUGAAACCCAUGUUGGCGCAUCCUACUAAGGGUGUUCAAGAAGUCCUCACACGGUUCGAUGGCUUGAAGUUCACGUGUGAGUGGAAAUACGACGGGGAAAGAGCACAGAUACACGUUGCGGACAAUGGUCAAGUCAGCAUCUACAGUAGAAAUCAAGAGAACAAUACCAGCAAGUAUCCGGAUAUUAUUAAACGAUUCAAGAAUACUUGUGGUGACUUGGUGAAAAACUGUGUACUCGAUUGCGAGGCGGUCGCCUGGGACAACGGAAAGAAGCAAAUUCUACCGUUCCAAAUUCUCAGUACGAGAAAGCGAAAGGAUGCCAACGAAGAGGACAUCAAAGUGCAAGUGUGCGUGUUCAUGUUCGAUCUGUUGUAUCUGAACGGCGAGUCGUUGGUGAAGCAGCCGUUCGCAAAACGCCGCGAGUUAUUGCGAGAGCAUUUCAAGGAGGUAGAAGGCGAAUGGAAAUUGGCUAAUAGCAUGGACACUACAACAAUGGAGGAGGUGCAAAUAUUCUUGGACGAGUCCGUGAAGGGAAAUUGCGAGGGUUUGAUGGUGAAGACAUUGGAGGAAGAAGCAACUUACGAGAUCGCGAAGCGAUCGCGCAAUUGGCUGAAGCUAAAGAAGGAUUACUUGGACGGUGUCGGCGAUACGCUCGAUGUCGUUGUAAUUGGUGGUUAUAUCGGCAAGGGAAAGAGAACUGGCACCUACGGUGGCUUCCUCUUGGCGUGUUACGAUCAGGAGAACGAGGAGUAUCAAAGUAUUUGUAAGAUCGGUACGGGUUUCAAAGAGGAAGACCUCGAAAAUCACACAAAGUUCUUCAAAGAUCACGUGAUAUCCCAAGCAAAAUCAUACUAUCGCUUCGACAGUAGCCAUGAGCCAGAUCAUUGGUUCGAGUCGAUUCAAGUCUGGGAGAUCAAGUGCGCCGAUCUCUCCCUCUCGCCUGUUCAUAGGGCGGCUAUUGGAGUAGUCGAUCCGGAAAAGGGAAUAUCUUUGAGAUUUCCACGAUUUAUUAGAAUCCGCGAGGACAAGAAUUGCGAGGAGGCAACGUCCGCUCAACAAGUCGCGGACAUGUAUAAUAAUCAAGAACAGAUAAAAAAUCAGAAAAAUCAGUCAGCAUCGAAGACCGCGGAGGAAGAUUUCUAUUAAUUUCUUUUCUGUUUUUUUUUAUUUAUUUCGCGACGCCAAGAACUCGCGAUCAAGAUCCAAUAUUGUCUUGUAUUUUGUAUAAUCACAAAUUUGUAAACUGUAAAUAAAAGUAAAUAAAAAUGGCUAUCGCGGAA